GGAGGGGGAGGAGAGUGAAGGGGGAGGAAGAAGGCAGAGUAUCAGUGACAUCAACCAUCAGCAUCUGAGGCCGGACGAACCAGCCAUGCUCUCCCGGCGCAGGAGGUGAGCAGCGGCCGCUCCGGAGAGGCGAUGCGUGCAUGCGAUCCCCCCUCAAAACAAAGCUUGAUCUCCGAGUGGAGCUGGAUUACAGGCUGCCUCGGCGUCUCCGCGGAAGGUUCCAGCUGCAAAUCCACCCACAUGAGUCUCGCAGACGGCGAGGAAGACGGAGCACUUUCUACCAAGAGUGCCUACCCCUGUUGAGCGAAGCCUUGCCCGUGUCUGACGUCUCCAGCCAACCGUAGUGGAACCAUGACGCAGCCCAGGACAAGAGGAGCUCUGACCCUGAGCAGGAGGCUGGUGAUGGGGUUCCACCUCAGCCUCUCACCCCUGUGUCUGCUGCUAAUUGUCCUGCUAACUGAUGUCCACACUGCACAUGGAGCGCUAGCUCCUCCGAGGUUCACCAAGAUUCCCACAGACCAGAUUGGAGUGUCAGGGGGCGUGGCGUCAUUUGUCUGUCAGGCCAGCGGAAGUCCCAAGCCUGUUGUCUACUGGAACAAGAAGGGCAAGAAGGUCAACUCUCAGCGUAUCGAGGUGACCAUUGAGUUUGACGAAGGAGCCGGUGCUGUGCUGAGGAUCCAACCGCUGCGAGCGCCCCGAGACGAGAACGUCUACGAGUGCGUGGCACGUAACAGCGAGGGAGAGGUGUCGGUCACGGCCAAGCUGGCCAUUAUCCGAGAGGACCUGCUGCCGUUCGGCUUCCCCAGUAUCGACAUGGGUCCACAGCUGAAGGUGGUGGAGCGGACGAAGACGGCCACCAUGCUGUGCGCAGCCAGCGGCAUCCCUGACCCAGAGAUCUCCUGGUUUAAGGAUUUCCUGCCCGUGGAGCCAAGCACCAGCCAGGGACGCAUCAAACAGCUCCGAUCAGGAGCUUUACAGAUCGAGAACAGCGAGGAGACCGACCAGGGGAAGUAUGAGUGUGUGGCCACCAACUCUCAAGGCGUCCGCUACUCCUCCCCUGCCAAUCUCUACGUGCGAGGAGCGACAGACACAUUACGCCGUGUCCCCCCUCGUUUCUCCAUCCUACCGUCCAACCACGAGAUCAUGCCUGGAGGGAGCGUCAACAUCACCUGCGUGGCCGUGGGCUCUCCCAUGCCCUACGUCAAGUGGAUGCUGGGCAGCGAGGAUCUGACCCCGGAGGAUGAAAUGCCGGUUGGCAGGAACGUGCUGGAGCUCAAUGGAGUCCGGGAGUCUGCAAACUACACCUGUGUGGCCAUGAGUAGCUUGGGCAUCAUCGAGGCCAUCGCCCAGGUGCUAGUCAAGACUUUGCCAAAGCCCCCUGGGACCCCAAUUGUCACGGAAACCACAGCCACCAGCGUGACCAUCACAUGGGACUCUGGUAACCCUGAUCCAGUUUCCUACUACAUCAUCCAGUACCGCGCCAAAGGCCCGGACAGCAAAUAUGAAACCGUAGACAGCAUCACCACCACCAGAUACAGCAUCGGGGGGCUGUACCCCAACACGGAGUAUGAAAUCCGAGUCUCAGCCUUCAACAGCAUCGGGCAGGGGCCGCCGUCCACGCGUGUGGACGCACGCACCGGAGAGCAGGCCCCUGCCAGCCCGCCAAGAAACGUCCAAGCUCAUAUCAUCUCGCAGAACACAGUGAUGGUUCGCUGGGAGGAACCGGAGGAACCGAAUGGACAGGUAAAAGGCUACCGUGUUUACUACACCAUGGACCCGUCGCGCCCCAUGAACGAGUGGCAGAUCUAUAACGUCCAGGACAGUGUCAUCACCACCAUACAAAACCUGGUGACCUCCGAGACGUACACCAUCCAGGUUCUCGCCUUCACGUCUGUGGGAGACGGUCCGUUCUCCGACCCCGUUCACGUCAAAGUCAUGCCCGGAGUUCCAGGCCAACCGGGGAAGUUUAAAGUGGGUAAAGUGACGGACACCAGCAUCGAACUGACCUGGGAACCUGCCUACACCAAGGAGGGCAUUGUCAACUACGAGCUCCUGUACAAACCUGUGAAGUUUGGAAGCCUGGAGAAGUUGACCUUCGGACCGAGGAACUCUUACACCGUGGAGGGUCUGAAAGCCAACACUGACUACUCUUUCUCGCUGGCCGCCAUCUCAAAUAAAGGCAUCGGUGCUUUCACCAAUGAGCUGGUGCAGCGGACGUCACAAGCCAAUGUGCCGAGGAAUUUUUCCGUCCACCUAGCCACCAAGACCAGUGUCUUACUCACGUGGGAGUUUCCAGAGAGCACCAACCCUUAUCGCUUCACGGUGGAGUACAACCGUCAGAAGAUGGAGGUGGACGCUCGUCUGAAAAAGGCUGUGAUCCCGAACCUCCAACCAGACACUAGUUAUGACUUCAAGAUCACAGCUCCCGAAGGAAACAUGGGGGGUCUUCGCCAUCGCAUCACCGCCAAAACCUCGCCGCCCAUCACCAUCCGUCGCCCGGAGAUCGACCACACCCGCGACACGGAGACCACGGUCACCAUCAUCCUGCCCUCGAUGGAGACACGCACGCCUGUCAAGAAUGUUUACGUUGUUGUGGUUCCGCUGCGGAGAACCCGCGGUGUCCCCAAACCGCCCAAAAGCCCAGACGAAAUGGACCUGGAGGAGCUGUUAAAAGACAUCAGUCAAAGACAGAGGGAUUCUCGGCAACAGAAGCAGGUGGACCUGCGUCGAGCAUACUUCACAGCCCGUUUCACACCUGCCACCCUGCCAGCCUUCUUCAGCCUCGGGGACCAGCUGGACUACGGCGGUUUUGAGAACCGAGCUCUGGAAGCAGGACAGGAGUAUGUCUUCUUCAUCCUGGCAGAACUCAACUCCACAACCGGGAGGAUGUACGUGGCCAGCCCUUACACUGACUCGGUCAUUGCCCCAGACUCCGACCCCCAACCCCUGGAUGCCGGUGACGGUCUGAUCUGGGUGGUGGGGCCUGUCCUGGCUGUGGUCUUCAUCAUCUGCAUUGUUAUAGCCAUCCUUCUCUACAAAAACAAACCUGACAGCAAGCGCAAGGAGUCAGAACCUGGAACCAAAAGUCUUCUGAGCAAUGCGGAGAUGAUGGCGCAUCACCCAACUGACCCAGUGGAAAUGAGACGCAUCAACUUCCAGACUCCCGGAAUGAUGAGCCAUCCGCCCAUCCCAGUCAACGAGCUGGCCGAGCACAUCGAGCUGAUGAAGGCCAACGACAACCUCCGACUCUCGCAGGAGUAUGAGUCCAUCGAUCCGAGUCAGCAGUUCACAUGGGAACAUUCCAACCUGGAAGUCAACAAGCCCAAAAACCGCUACGCUAAUGUGAUCGCCUACGACCACACCAGAGUGAUCCUGGCCCCGAUAGAAGGCAUCAUGGGCAGCGACUACAUCAACGCCAACUACAUCGAUGGCUACAGGAAGCAGAAUGCCUACAUCGCCACCCAGGGGCCGCUCUCUGAGACGUUCGGGGACUUCUGGAGAAUGGUGUGGGAGCAGAGGGCGGCUUCUGUGGUCAUGAUGACCCGACUGGAGGAAAAGUCACGGGUGAAGUGUGACCAGUACUGGCCCACCCGCGGCACCGAGACUUACGGGACCAUCCAGGUCACCCUGCUGGACACCAUGGAGCUGGCCACUUUCUGCGUUCGCACCUUCUCGCUUCAUAAGGGAGGAAGCAGUGAACGGCGAGAGGUGCGUCAGUUCCAAUUCACAGCCUGGCCAGAUCACGGCGUUCCCGAGUACCCGACUCCGUUCCUCAAUUUCCUGCGUCGAGUCAAGGCCUGCAACCCCCCUGAUGCUGGGCCCAUCAUCGCCCACUGCAGCGCCGGCGUGGGUCGCACCGGCUGUUUCAUUGUCAUCGACGCCAUGCUCGAGCGCAUUCGACACGAGCGCAGCGUGGACAUCUACGGCCACGUGACCCUGAUGCGCUCGCAGAGGAACUACAUGGUGCAAACAGAGGACCAGUACAGCUUCAUCCACGAGGCCUUGCUGGAGGCUGUGGCCUGUGGAAACACAGAGGUGGCCGCCAGGAGUCUCUACUCGUACAUGCAGAAGCUGUCAAAGGUGGAGAGUGGAGAGCACGUCACCGGCAUGGAGCUGGAGUUUAAGCGACUGGCCAACACCAAAGCCCACACGUCCCGCUUCGUCACAGCCAACCUUCCGUGCAACAAAUUCAAGAACCGCCUGGUCAACAUCAUGCCCUACGAGACCACCCGAGUCUGCCUGCAGCCCAUCAGAGGCCUGGAGGGCUCCGACUACAUCAACGCCAGCUACAUCGACGGAUACAGGCAGCAGCGAGGCUACAUCGCCACCCAGGGCCCGCUGGCCGAGACCACCGAGGACUUCUGGAGGAUGCUGUGGGAGCACAACUCCACCAUAGUGGUCAUGCUCACUAAGCUGAGAGAAAUGGGUCGGGAGAAGUGCCACCAGUACUGGCCAGCCGAGCGCUCAGCCAGGUACCAGUACUUCGUGGUGGACCCCAUGGCCGAGUACAACAUGCCCCAGUACAUCCUGCGGGAAUUCAAAGUAACGGAUGCCAGGGACGGCCAGUCGCGGACCGUUCGCCAGUUCCAGUUCACCGACUGGCCUGAGCAGGGGGUGCCCAAGUCCGGCGAGGGCUUCAUCGACUUCAUCGGCCAAGUGCACAAGACUAAAGAGCAGUUCGGUCAGGACGGACCCAUCAGCGUCCACUGCAGCGCUGGCGUGGGGCGGACUGGAGUCUUCAUCACUCUGAGUAUCGUGCUGGAGAGGAUGCGCUAUGAAGGGGCGGUGGACAUCUUCCAGACUGUCAAAAUGCUGCGCACACAGAGACCAGCCAUGGUGCAGACUGAGGACGAGUACCAGUUCUGCUACCAGGCUGCUCUGGAGUACCUGGGUAGCUUCGACCACUAUGCAACGUAAGUCCUGAACCAUCCACCCACAUCUCCGCUUCGCGGUUUGCCGACGAACCUACACGCGAAAAAUCCAAGAUCAAAAACGAACUGCACCGGGAGCGAGAAUGUUCGGGGAUCCAGCAGCAGCAGCAGCAGAAGCAGAAGCAGGGGAAAAAACAUGGAGGGAAUCUCAGCAGCAGCAGCAGCCCGGCGGACUUUCCAUGUGUAAUCCAUAUACUUACCUCAGUGUUCCAGUGUGAAGGACGUAUAAUACUUGUGUGUUGUGGUCAGCUAUCUCCAAUAUGAACCAGUGAAGUACAAAUGGCUUCUGAACAGGAAUUAUGAUACUUAUAUGUGUAUAAAAUUAUCAAAAAAAAGGAGAAAAAAAGAGCCUGGAUAAUUGCUGCACCCUUAAUGGGCUUUUUAUCCUCAAACUUUCUAUCUAUUAGUUUGGUGUUUUGAGGGAUUACAAAGUGCAAUGGUGAACAUUUCCAUGUCUGUCUGUACUGGUUCCGGACUGGUCGGAUCUACUCACAGUGCCAAGACUAAAAGCCGAGCAAGCGAGGAUGAGUUGGUCAUGAAAUGUGGCGAGCACGACGGCGCCAGGCUCUUUUUCGCGAGCGCGGUUCCGCUCACGCUUCCCGGCCUCCGAUGAGUGACGGCAGCCCUCCGCCAGGCUGAGGUUUAUCGUCGGUGAACAGGUCCUGGUGGGGUCCCCCUUCAGCUCCUCCUCUUGAUGUCACUCCUAUUGUGCUGGUUCAGCCGCAGCUAAGCGGAAGCAACAAUCCGGUUCCAUUUUGGAUUUCUAAACGUGGUUUUGAUGUGUUUCUUUUUCUUUCUGGCCUUAUGCUGACUUUGCGUUUUGCCACGCUGCUUCGUGUGAUAAUUGUCUUAUAAAUCUACGACGGAGGAUGAAAGCCCAUCGUCCUCCCGCCUACUUGAAUUGCACUGCUUCGCAGUUAAAUCGAGAUAACCAGACCUUCAUUCAGCACAAACAGCCAUUGUUCACAGCCUCUCCCUCCACCCCCGCUGUACAGAAAAUCCCGUUUGCUGUCGCGCCACCUCGUCUCUGAACUGCACAAGUCCUCGCUAACCUAUCUAUUCAUUUGACAUAUAACCACAGUUGUUGACGGUCGAGGUGCCUCAGACUGUUUUUGUACAUACUGUCGAUCAAGUCUGAGCACAAGAUAUUUAGGAGGGGAUCGGAUGUGAUGUUAAUGUCGCAAAAAAAAAAGCCUUAUUGUUCACUUAGUCAUAUUUAUUUCAUAUGAUUUGGAGAAGAAUUCUAUAUUUAUUAUUCUAUUUUGUUACUUUUUAUGUCGUUUUUAAUUCCACUGUUUCUUUGGCGAGCCAUUGUUCUUUUAUUUUAUGGUCUGUUUUUGGUGCUUUUUUUAUGAUUUGCUUUGUCAUAAAGUAUGCCCUCUGUGUAGGGUGCUAUUUGAUACUGAUCAUUGAUGUCCGACUAGUUAGCUAGAGAUGUACAGUAGAGGACGAGCUAGUUUACAGUGAUGCUCCUCCCACCCCUCCACCGAACCUCGUCCAACGUUAUCCCAAACCUUCCGGACGUGUUUACAGGCCAGGUAGAGCGAACCUCUGGGGAGCAGUGGAGGACACGCAGUUUGCUAAAAGCACAUGGUAGCAAGUGUAUUUUCGACAGAGAGCGGCUAAGCCCAGCAGCCCCACGUUUAUCUCCCCCGAAGAGUUAUUGUUUAAAACGGAAAUUAUUCUGAUAUGAAAUCUAUGUGUAGUACAGGAGUCUCGACGCUGUGUGACAUAUAUAAAACAUGUAUUUCCUUCAGUUUCUAAUGUGUCCAGAGAACUAUUAGACGCGCAAAAGAAAACAUGUGUCGAGGGGUCUGUUCUGAUGGCAACAUCUCCCUCACCUAUGUCCCUGAACUUUCCUUUUCAACCAUGGAUGUAGAUAUUGUAUCUUGACUUUGUAUUAAAAGCAGGGUGAUUGGAUAUACAGCACUGACGGCAUUCGUGAGUCUUUCUUUGUUGUUUUGUUGGUCUCUUGUAAUUCCAUUCAAUGAAACCAUUCGAAUUCAAAUGCUCAACCUCAUCCACUACGUGGCGGCAAAAGCUGUUUUUUGAGACUAGUACCUAACAGCUAAU